AUGGCGCAACAGGAGCUCACCAUAACUUCCUCCUACAUCAGCUCAUCCCACUGCCUGGGCUGCACCAACACUCCUGGAGCAAGAAACAUCUGUGUCUCCUCCACUGACAUUAGAGACUAGCCUGGGGCAGAGGUCAACAAUGCCCCCCUAUGUCUCUCAGCCACUCUGGCACACGCCAACCGAAUCCCAGUGGGAACAACCCCUCUGGGCUGACCCAGCCUCUGUCUGCACAGCUGCAAUGCCGCCUGCCCCUUGCUGGGGACCUGCCACAUUCCUGGCAACAUCGGAAUCUGCAGGACCUAUGGUGAAGGCUCCCUUAACAGCCAUGAGAAGGAGACCAUGCAGUUCCCGAAUGACCAGCCGGCCAGCUACCUGGAGAAAGUGCGCCACCUGGAGCGGGACAACAUGGAGCUGGAGACCCAGAUCCAAGAGUCGAGCGAAUGCCAUGAGGCCACCAUGUGUCUGGACUAUCAGAGCCACUUCUGCACUAUCGAGGAGCUGCAGCAGAAAAUCCUGUGCGUCAAAUCUGAGAACAAGCAGCUGGUCGUGCAAAUAGACAAUGCCAAGCUGACUGCUGAUGACAAUAGGACCAAGUGGGUGCCAGACGGAGCACUUGCUCUGCCAGCUGGGGAGGGGGCCGACGUCUGUGGGCUGCACAGGGCACUGGACGACCUCACACUCGCCAAGGCCGACCUGGGGGCCCAGCUGGAGUCCCUGAAGGAGGAGCUGCGUUGCCUCAAGAAGAACCACGAGCAGGGAGUCCACGCUCUGAAGUGUCAGCUGGGGGACCAGCUCCGGACUGAGCUGGACGUGGUGCCCGCUGUGGACCUGGGCGGGGUGCUGGAGGAGAUGCGGUGCCCGUACGAGGCCCUGGAGGUAGAGCUGCAGGCUCAGCUCACGCUGAACUGGCUGUGUGAAUCCGGGGCCCGCUUCGGCACUGAGCUGGCCCAGAGGCAGUGCCUCAUCAGCGAUGUGGAGGCUCAGCUGUCGGAGAUCCGGGCUGACCUGGAGCGGCAGAGCCGGGAGUACCAGGUGCUACUGGACGUCAAGGCCUGGCUGGAGGGUGAGAUCGCCACAUGUUGGAACUUUCUGGAGACUGAGGACUGUACGCUCCCCUGCAACAUGUGCGCGACCUCCAGCACCUGUGCGGCCCCUGCAGCCUGUACCCACUGCUCUCCCUGCCUUUUCGGGCCUUCUCGGGCCUCCUGUGGGCCUUGCUCAGAGCCUCGAUGCUGA